GGCGUUACUUCCGGUUAUUUAUUUUUUUUCUUUCCCCGUUUGUGUACUGUACUACAUAAUACACUUUGUUUGUGUUCGCUGUUUUCCUUCUGGGGGGUUAUAUUUUCUUUUUUUGAUUUUAUAUUUAACCUUCCUGUAGCAACAACGACGUCCGGAAGCUCCUCCACCUCUUCUGGCCUCUGAAGGACCAGUCCAAACAGCAGCAUGGAAGAGCUGGACCUGUCCCCCCCUGAAGUCCCCGAGCCCACCUUCCUGGAAAGCAUACUGAAAUACGGGUUAUUACUUGGUGCCCUUUUCCAGCUUAUCUGCAUCCUGGCUAUCAUCUUCCCCACAUCUAAAAGCCAUGAACAGGAGGAGAAGGAGACCACUGAUGGCAAGACUGUCGAACCGAUGAAGAAACCAAAAGCAGCGGCACCCCAGAUUCGGCAGAAACCAAAGAAAGAGAGCAAAAAGAAGCGAUAGAAUGUUUGUUACCUUGUUGUGAGAAUAGGUGCGUUUCAUCAUUACUAGCAUCUUAAACACAAACACCAUUCCAACACUACGUUUGAUAAACUUCAGCAUGACUCUCAGUUGUGAUAUGUUUACAGCCAGCACAUCCUUACAAACUAUAACGAACCUCCAUAUUUGACUGAGUUUUUUUUUUCACUUAUUAUAUUGUUUAAAUAAAUACUGUUAAUGUAUGUGAAUUAAACCUAAAAGAAACUAAAACGCGUCAUCUUAGCAAAUUUUAUUUAUUACCAAAUAUUUGCUUGUUUAAAGAGUCAGAAUUCAUUUAGUCUUAUUUUUAAAGCUAGUUUUCACACAGCUACGGUUUAAAUAGUUUUACCUCUGAAUCUUUUGUUUUUGUUCAAAACAACUUUUCUUAUGUAGAAUUUGACUAUUACAGUUUCCUGAAGGUGUCAGAAGUGACUAUAUAAAGGAAUAGUUAACAAGUUCAUUUUAUUUACCUUAUUUUAUUAAUAAACGUGUCAUGUGUGUUUAAGUGUUUACCAAAUUGAUGCUCUUUUGUAUUAAAAUGUAAGAUGGAUGGGACUAUUGUGUUAUUGUGAAAUAUUCUCUAGUUAUGUGUGCAGAAAGACUCAUUUUGUUUGUGCAGUUUUAUGUAUUUAGUUGAGAUAAAACUGAUUAAAUUUUCAAACUACAAAAACAUCAAUCACAAAACAUUUAUUUGGAGAUAAUUUUUCCAGAUUGAAUUUGCUCCAAGUCAGACAUUUGAUGACUUAAAUACUCUCUAUUAUAGGUCUCAUUAAAAAUAUUAAUUAUGCACCAGUUUAGUUAAAGUUAAUGUCUAAUUAAGUUAGCCACUGUAAAGAAUUUCU